AUGGGAGGAUAUGAGCUGUCUAUGACAGGCUAUUACCUCUGUGCUGUGAAUCAGACCACAGUCAUGAGUUCAGUGUUGUCGUACAAGACGCCGUACACUCAGAGGAGGUCCUGUGGCGGCUGGCUGCCCUGGAGGACCUGUGAGGUGACCCUUUACAGAGUGGCUUACCGCUCUCAUCCCAUCAGCCUACACAGGGAGGUUAUGCAGUGCUGCCCUGGCUAUGAACAAGUGGGCAGUUACUGUGCUUUGCCUCUGAACUGCAGUGCGGAGUUCACUGCCAAACCAGGGUUCUGUCCGGAGGCUUGGCCCAAUGGCUCCCACUGUGCAUCUCAACCACAGUGUGGCUUGGACACAGACUGCCCCGGUUGGCAGAAGUGCUGCCCCGCUACAGGUGGACGCUACUGUGCUGACCCACAGCCUCCAGCUGAACAAGGAUGGUGCUUCAAUGCAACUGUAACGGUAAAGAUAGACUAUCAGGAGAUGAUUGCGACUGAGAAGGGCCUGUUAAACCACAUGCGGCUGCUGCACUCUGUGGUGACUGGGGCCUUGAAUUACUCUGACAUGUCUGUGCGCCAUGUUGUCUCAUGGUCUGCUGGUCCCCACAUCACUUCCUCCUCGCUUCUCAUCGGUUCCUCUUGGGCUCUCGUCCUGGCAGACGUCUCCAGGAGGCUUCAGUCUCUGCUCAGACACAUAGAGGAGGUGGUGGCUGUGACAGUACAAGAUAUGGAUGAUUGUGCCCAUAGGGAGCUGAGUAAGUGUCCUCCCCACUCAGUCUGCAUCAACACGGUGGGCUCGUACAUGUGCAGCUCCGCCAACCACAGCAAAAGCACAACCACUGAGCCACCUUCUCCCACGACAGCAGGCACUGUAAUCACUUCAACCCUGACCAAAGCUACGGGCACCAUAACAAAGACUAUCUCAAACUCCCCAGUGAUCACAACCUUAUCCACAACUAAUGCUAGGGUCACAAAUGCAGUAGCAACGGCAACCACUUCAACCCCGACCAAGGCUAUGGUCACAAGUACAAUAAUGUCUCCUGAUCUUACAACGACCAUCCAGGUCAUCUCUCAAUCGGUGACCAUCACUGUGGUGUGCAACGCAGGCUACAUGUCUGUGUGGGUGGCACGGGACUUCCUAAGUGGCAAGCACAUGUCGGCCGAGUCGCUGUACCUGGGCCUGCCAGAGUGUGGAGUCAACGGAGGCAACAACAGCCAUGUGGAGCUGGUGGCAGCAUGGAAUGAAUGUGACACAGUACUGAUGAGUAACAGCACUCAUAACACGGCAGAGGUGACGCUCUAUAACGACAUGAGCAGCCACACCUGGCCCGACGGCUCUGUGAGCAUGCCCAGUGCGCGGCUCCAGGUGCCCAUCCUGUGCAGCACCGUCAUGUCCACGGGACUCCCACCCCUGGUGACCAUGGGCCAAGAUGAAUCCACCAGCCUCAGUGACCCCUGGUCAGGGUCUUCCUCUACUACUCUUCCACAGAUGCCCCCUACUCCUAGUGUUACGUCUGAGCCACCCCACAACUUCCCAUGCAAUGUGCCUGAGAUCGUCAGCAUCAAAGCUCUCAACAUCACAAGCUCCUCAUUUAGAGUCUCCUGGGCGACAGCACCUCCAGAUAUCCAGGCCCUGGUGGAGUCUGGGAAGGUUCGAGUCGUCAUCACUGGCUUCUCGCAGGGCAGUGUGGUGGUGAACUUCUCCAUUGUGUUUGUGCCCAGUGAGGACCAGGACAUCGUAGGGCUGUCACACUCCCUCAUGGCCUCUCUGCAGAAAAGCUCCAAAUAUGCUGUAGAUAGUAACAGCACCUCCAUACAAGAUUUGAAUGAGUGUGUCAGCGGAGAUGUUGACUGUUCCACUGAGGCACAGUGUGUCAACACCAUGGGGGGCUAUAACUGUGUCUGCAAUGAUGGGUUUGAAGACACUAACCCCAGCUGGCCAGGACGAACCUGCAUAGCACUGAGUGCAAGCUCAUCUGUGCCGAGUCUCCUUCCACCCAUCACCACCACACAGAGCGUGUAUACAACAAGCCUAAGCACUGACGACUCAGACUCUGAGACUGCACCUAUCACCACCAUGAUCAUCACCACGCCCACCACUCAAGGGCCUAUUACUCCACCGGAGCCUGUGGCCAGUACACGUAAUGACAAGCAGAUGACCUCUUCUUCAGGGAUAGCUACUACUCCCUAUAUAUCAGCCACAGCAACAACAAAAGCAACAGACAACACCACCACCACACGUUCAGUGAUGUUCACAACCAUACCACUGACCUCAACUUCUUCAACUACAACAAACUCACUUGUGACCACAACCACUUCAAACACAUCUAAGGCAACAGUCGCCUCUGUACCAUCGACCUUCACCACUUUAACUACAACAAAGACUAUCUCAAUCUCACCAGUGAUCUCAACCUCAUCCACGACUAAUGCUAGAGUCACAAAUGCAGUAGCAACGACAAUCACUUCAACCCCGACCAAGGCUAUGGUCACAAGUACAAUAAUGUCUCCGGAUCUUACAACGACCAUCCAGGUCAUCUCUCAAUCGGUGACCAUCACUGUGGUGUGCAACGCAGGCUACAUGUCUGUGUGGGUGGCACGGGACUUCCUAAGUGGCAAGCACAUGUCGGCCGAGUCGCUGUACCUGGGCCUGCCAGAGUGUGGAGUCAACGGAGGCAACGACAGCCAUGUGGAGCUGGUGGCAGCAUGGAAUGAAUGUGACACAGUACUCCGGAGCAACAGCACUCACAACACGGCAGAGGUGACGCUCUAUAACGACAUGAGCAGCCACACCUGGCCCGACGGCUCUGUGAGCAUGCCCAGUGCGCGGCUCCAGGUGCCCAUCCUGUGCAGCACCGUCAUGUCCACGGGACUCCCACCCCUGGUGACCAUGGGCCAAGAUGAAUCCACCAGCCUCAGUGACCCCUGGUCAGGGUCUUCCUCUUCUACUCUUCCACAGAUGCCCCCUACUCCUAGUGUUACGUCUGAGCCACCCCACAACUUCCCAUGCAAUGUGCCUGAGAUCGUCAGCAUCAAAGCUCUCAACAUCACAAGCUCCUCAUUUAGAGUCUCCUGGACGACAGCACCUCCAGGUCCUGUUACCUUCCAAGUGAUGGUUCUCCAGGGUUCGGGUGAGCUGAGUAGCUGGCAGACAGCAGAAACAGAAAUCGAGGAGAAGCAGCUGCUGGCAGGGGUCCUCUACAGAGUCUGUGUCAUCCCUUAUGCCUGUGGAGUUCAGGGAACCAUGGUAGAGAUUCGAGUUAAAACAGAUGCACAGGCCCUUCAGGCUGUAGCCCGUCUGACUAACGUGCUGUUCACUGAGUCCCUCCUGGAUUCAGAGAGCCCUGAUUAUAAGAAUCUCUCUCAGAGCAUUCAAGCUGAGAUCCUGCAAUCCCUCCCUUCAGAUAUCCAGGCCCUGGUGGAGUCUGGGAAGGUUCGAGUCGUCAUCACUGGCUUCUCGCAGGGCAGUGUGGUGGUGAACUUCUCCAUUGUGUUUGUGCCCAGUGAGGACCAGGACAUCGUAGGGCUGUCACACUCCCUCAUGGCCUCUCUGCAGAAAAGCUCCAAAUAUGCUGUAGAUAGUAACAGCACCUCCAUACAAGAUUUGAAUGAGUGUGUCAGUGGAGAUGUUGACUGUUCCACUGAGGCACAGUGUGUCAACACCAUGGGGGGCUAUAACUGUGUCUGCAAUGAUGGGUUUGAAGACACUAACCCCAGCUGGCCAGGACGAUCCUGCAUAGCUCUGAGUGCAAGCUCAUCUGUGCCGAGUCUCCCUCCACCCAUCACCACCACACAGAGCGUGUAUACAACAAGCCUAAGCACUGACGACUCAGACUCUGAGACUGCACCUAUCACCACCAUGAUCAUCACCACGCCCACCACUCAAGGGCCUAUUACUCCACCGGAGCCUGUGGCCAGUACACCUAAUGACAAGCAGAUGACCUCUUCUUCAGGGAUAGCUACUACUCCCUAUAUAUCAGCCACAGCAACAACAAAAGCAACAGACAACACCACCACCACACGUUCAGUGAUGUUCACAACCAUACCACUGACCUCAACUUCUUCAACUACAACAAACUCACUUGUGACCACAACCUCUUCAAACACAUCUAAGGCAACAGUCGCCUCUGUACCAUCAACCUUCACCACUUUAACUACAACAAAGACUAUCUCAAUCUCACCAGUGAUCUCAACCUCAUCCACGACUAAUGCUAGAGUCACAAAUGCAGUAGCAACGACAAUCACUUCAACCCCGACCAAGGCUAUGGUCACAAGUACAAUAAUGUCUCCGGAUCUUACAACGACCAUCCAGGUCAUCUCUCAAUCGGUGACCAUCACUGUGGUGUGCAACGCAGGCUACAUGUCUGUGUGGGUGGCACGGGACUUCCUAAGUGGCAAGCACAUGUCGGCCGAGUCGCUGUACCUGGGCCUGCCAGAGUGUGGGGUCAACGGAGGCAACGACAGCCAUGUGGAGCUGGUGGCAGCGUGGAAUGAAUGUGCCACAGUACUCCGGAGCAACAGCACUCAUAACACGGCAGAGGUGACGCUCUAUAACGACAUGAGCAGCCACACCUGGCCCGACGGCUCUGUGAGCAUGCCCAGUGCGCGGCUCCAGGUGCCCAUCCUGUGCAGCUACAUCAACAGCAUUGUGAUCUCUGCGGGAUACUCCCCACACGAGUAUGACAUGAUUAAAGACGUGGUGCAGGGGUCGGGCUCCUUCCACGUAAGAGUUCGCCUGCUGAACGGCACCAUGCCCCUGCCGGAGAACUACACCCUCUCCCCCGACGAGGAGGUGGUGGUGGAGGUGAGCGUCAACUCCACCCUCCAUCAGAUCAAGGUCGUCCUCAACAGGUGCUGGGCCACCCCCACCAACAACCCUUCCGGGCCGAAGGAGUAUAUCUUCCUGGAGAAUGGUUGCCCUCUUCCUAAAACCUACACCACAGUACUGCAGAAUGGCAACGACAGCAAAGCGCUUCUGGCCAUCCAGAUCUUCUCACUCGUGGAUGUGGACGUCAUUUAUCUGCACUGCCAGAUUCAGAUUUGUUUCAAGACUGGAGAGUCGUCGUGCAGGCCUGACUGUAAUGGAAUUGGACCACUUGGAGUCUCUCGGCUGUCUAACCUAGUUGGAGCAGAAAAGGCAUCCUGUGGACCCUUUCACAGGUUAAACCAGGAGGGCACUGUUGCCCAGCGGCGGGACACCCUGCGGAUGGUGGGCUUUAGCCUGCUGGGUGUGGGGCUGUUCCUGUUCCUCCUGGCUGGGGUGGUGGGCUUCAUAAUCUACAAGAGACGCAUGGGCACCUACAACUUCAGCUUCAAGUCCCAGCCCGAAAACUUCACCUAUCACGUGUUUGACACCUAGAGGGGUUUCAGUCUGUCUGUUUAUUUGUCUCUGUGUGUGUGUGUGUGUGUGUG